AUGCCUCCAAAAUCAACAAAAACAUCUUUUCCCUGUACCUCUUGCAACUCAGCUACUUUUUCUACCAAAGCUCAGUUGGAUACUCACAGAAGUAACUGUGUUCAAACUGGAACUCUCAACUUACCUGAUGGUGUCAUUGUCAUCUCCAAAGGCAAAGAUAACAAGUUUUUCUGCCAGUGUGAUAGUGGCAAAUGUGAUCCCAAUGGCUAUCUCAAUAUAUACAAUCUGCGCAGACACUUGACAAAAUAUAAAGGAAUCUGGAAAGUUGAAACUUCUGGCUCUGGUGUUGGUUCCCCUCCUGCCCUUCAGGACUCUGGUUCUAAUACCAACUCAAGUCUUCAAGAGACUUCCAAUCCUAUUCCUCUCAGGCCCCAGGUUUCAAGUUCCAGAGUGUCCUCUCCUCCACUUUCCUUUCCACCAUCUCCAACUCUUCCAACUCCUCCAUCUCCUCCUGCUGCCUCCAUUUAGGUUAUGGGGACUCUCGUCCGACCCUAGGGCUGGCGUAGGGUCGGGCGCCUAGGGCCCAGGGUUGGGCGGCUGUGGGCCAGGGUUGGGCAUCUGUGGGCCAGGGUUGGGCGGCUAGAGGGCAGGGUUGGGC